GAGUUCUGCGGGCAUGUGGCCCAGCACCUCCAGCGGCACCUCCCCGGCGAGCAGCAGGACGAGGUGGAUCCUCUCGAGGAGUACACGUGCCUGUGGCAGGAGGGUGGGUUCUGCUCCCCGGAGAGCUCAGCCGACCUCGUCCGCCACGUCUAUUUCCACUGCUACCACACCAAGCUGAAGCAGUGGGGGCUGCGGGCCCUGCAGGGCCAGUCGGACCUGAGCCACUGCCAGCUGGACUUCCAGAGCCGAAAUAUCAUCCCUGAGAUCCAGGAGAACUUCCUGUGCCUGUGGGAGUACUGCGAGAGAUCAUUUGAUAAUCCUGAGUGGUUCUAUCGACACGUGGAGGACCACAGCUUCUGUUCGGAGUACAAGGCAGCAGGGAAGGAGAACCAUGUGGUGCUCUGUGGCUGGAAAGACUGUGACUGCACCUUCAAGGGGCGCUGCAAGCUGCGGGAGCACCUGCGCAGCCACACGCAGGAGAAGGUGGUGGCCUGCCCGACCUGUGGGGGCAUGUUUGCCAACAACACCAAGUUCUUCGACCACAUCCGCCGUCAGACCGCCCUGGACCAGCAGAGGUUUCAGUGUUCUCACUGCUCCAAGAGGUUUGCCACAGAGAGGUUGCUCCGGGACCACAUGAGGAACCACGUGAACCAUUACAAGUGCCCCCUGUGUGACAUGACCUGUCCCCUGCCCUCCUCCCUGCGUAACCACAUCCGAUUCCGGCACAGCGAGGAGCGCCCGUUCAAGUGUGACUACUGUGACUACAGCUGCAAGAACCUCAUCGACCUGAGGAAGCACCUGGACACGCACAGCAAGGAGCCGGCCUAUCGCUGCGAGUUUGAGGCCUGCAGCUUCACUGCACGUUCCCUCUGCUCCAUCAAGCUGCACUACCGAAAGGUCCACGAGGGUGACUCGGAGCCCAGGUACAAGUGCCACGUCUGUGACAAGUGUUUCACACGUGGAAACAACCUCACUGUGCACCUCAGGAAGAAACACCAGUUCAAAUGGCCCUCGGGGCACCCUCGCUUCAGGUACAAGGAGCACGAGGAUGGCUACAUGAGGCUGCAGCUGGUGCGGUACGAGAGCGUGGAGCUGACAGAGCAGCUGCUCAAGGACAGAGAGAAGAGAGGGGAGGCACUGGAUGGCUCAGCUGAGGGCGUGGUGCUGCCUGGGGGCGAGGGCAACCUGCAGGGCAUCGUGCUGGAGGCCCCGGCAGAGCCUCCCCUGGUGGAGAACAGUCUGGCUGAGCAGACCCUGGCCCCUUGCUCUGGUGACAGCCCCCAGCCUGCACAGCCAGGGACCUUCCCAGGAGCAGCACAGUCACCCGGGCAAGGACCUGGCACCCCUGGGAACCCCAUCAUCCGUGUGGUGAACAGGACCAACGAGCACGGGGAGAGCGAGACCGUGUACUACGUCCUGGCCAGCUCCUCCUCCUCCUCCUCAGAGCAGGGGGCAGCACCCACAGGGCUGGCCGUGGAGCUGGAAGAGAAUGUCAUGGACCGCCUGCAGAAGACAGCUGAGGAGCUGGGCAUCCAGAUCGUGUGA